UAUUUUUUCAUUAAAGUCACCAAGAAAGAAACACAAACACAAUUUACAGAGAGAAACCAAAGAAAUCCAUCCCCUGAAAAAAUGGAGGAUACAAACCCAAUGUUAAUUUCCAAAGAAUCCAAUUACAACAACAAUAAUGAUAACAAUAAGUUACCAGAAAGCCCAAGGUUACCCAUGGAAUUUCUAUCAAGAUCAUGGAGUUUACCUGCUCUUCAACUCUCUAAAGCUCUCUCUCUUUCUCUCCCUUCUUUAGUCCCCAAAUCUGUUGCUCCCUGUACUACCCCUCCUAUUUUUGAAGAAGAUGAAGAAGAAACUCAAUCUAUUUUAUUUUCUGGGGAUUCUGAAGAUCAUAAGAGGCUCAUUUCUGGGAAUUCCUUCUCUUUUGCUUCUUCUGCUACUUCUCAACUUGUUCUAGAGCGCAUUAUGUCUCAAUCUGAAGUGUCACCAAUGACAUCAGGAAGGCCAUCAUGUAGUGAGCCACCAAAUGGGAUUGGAGGCCAAAGCUUCUCUGCUUCUUCUCUUACUGCUGAAAUGUUUGACAGUCCUACUGAUCCUAUUUCACCUCCUGUUGAUUUUGACAAGUUUCUGAAUUCCAGCAGUACCCCGCAACCUCUACUACCUCCCAUCUCUGUGGGUCCCAGAAGUGGCGGAACCACCCCUUGUGCUGGCGGUUCUGUUGGCAGUAAGACAGUAGGGAGAUGGCUCAAGGAGAGGCGAGAGAAGAAGAAAGAAGAGUUGCGAGUCCACAACGCACAGCUCCAUGCAGCUGUUUCCGUGGCUGCAGUCGCUGCAGCGGUGGCAGCUACUGCGGCGGCAACUGCAGCAGCAUCCGGAUCGUCAGGGAAGGACGAACAGGCGGAGCAGACUGACAUGGCAAUGGCUUCGGCCGCCACUUUGGUGGCUGCACGGUGUGUGGAGGCUGCUGAGGCAAUGGGUGCUGAAAGAGAACAAUUAGCUACUGUUAUUAGUUCUGCUGUUAAUAUUCAGUCUCAUGGUGAUAUCAUGACUUUGACUGCUGCUGCUGCAACAGCAUUAAGAGGGGCAGCAACCCUGAAGGCAAGGACAAUGAAAGAAGUAUGUAAUAUUGCAGCUGUUUUACCAGUGGAGAGAGGUAUCAAAGGUGAGAAUAGGCACAGUCGAAAUGGUAGCUACAAUGGCGAGGCUAAUCAGCAAGGUGAAAACUUUCUUGGUUUAUGUAAUGAAGAACUCCUUGCCAGGGGAUCCGAGCUUCUUAAACGCACUCGAACAGGUGAUCUGCACUGGAAAGUCGUCUCAGUUUACAUCGAUAAAACAAACCAGGUUGUCCUAAAAAUGAAGAGUAGACAUGUAGCAGGAACAAUAACCAAGAAGAAAAAAAAGGUGUUGAUGGAAGUGUGCAAAGACAUGCCGGUAUGGCCAGAGAGGCGGUCCAUUGAUCUCGGAGGAGAUAAACGGCGUUACUUUGGGCUAAAGACGGCCACACACAGAGUAAUAGAGUUCGAGUGCAAGAGUCAGCAGCAAUACGAUGUAUGGACUCAGGGUGUGUCAAGGCUGCUGUCUUUGGUCAAUGAAAAGAAGAAAACUAAUGCUCCAAAAAACAACAUGUAUUGGAAUUAGAAGACAAAAUACAGAUAUAUAGCAAGUCAAUUUGGACAGAUCUUUUUUUGCCUCCUGUUGAUAUGGUUGGUUGGUGUUUAUAUAUGUAUCAAAACUCAAGUUUAUGGGAAGGCAAGCAUGAAUUUAGCUGUAA